GCGCACGAGCGGGCCGGGCGGGCGGCCGAGAAGUUUUCCCAGAGAUAACUUCACCAAGAUGUCCAGUGAUAGGCAGAGGUCGGAUGAUGAGAGUCCCAGCACCAGCAGUGGCAGUUCAGAUGCCGACCAGCGAGACCCUGCAGCUCCAGAGCCUGAGGAACAGGAAGAGAGAAAACCUUCUGCCACCCAGCAGAAGAAGAACACCAAACUUUCGAGCAAAACGACUGCUAAGUUAUCCACUAGUGCGAAAAGAAUUCAGAAGGAACUAGCUGAAAUCACCCUUGAUCCUCCUCCCAACUGCAGUGCUGGUCCUAAAGGAGAUAACAUUUAUGAAUGGAGGUCAACUAUACUUGGUCCACCAGGUUCUGUAUAUGAAGGUGGUGUUUUUUUUCUGGAUAUCACAUUUUCUUCAGAUUAUCCAUUUAAGCCACCAAAGGUUACCUUCCGAACCAGAAUCUAUCACUGCAACAUCAACAGUCAGGGAGUCAUCUGCCUGGAUAUUCUAAAAGACAACUGGAGUCCUGCUUUGACUAUUUCAAAGGUUUUGCUCUCAAUUUGUUCCCUUUUGACGGACUGCAACCCUGCGGAUCCUCUGGUUGGAAGCAUAGCAACUCAGUAUUUGACCAACAGAGCAGAACAUGACAGGAUAGACAGACAGUGGACCAAGAGAUACGCAACAUAAUUCUCAUGAUUUGUAUGCAGUGUGAAGGAGCAGAAGGCCUCUUCCCAUUGUGCUGCGGAUCUUUAUAGCCUUUACAAUACGGACUUCUGUGUAUAUGUUAUACUGAUUCUACUCUCUGCCUUUAUCCUUUGGAGACUGGGAGACUCCCCCAAAAGGUAAAUGCUAUCAAGAGUAGAACUUUGUAGCUGUAGAUUAGUUACGUUUAAAAUGCCUACUUGCAAGUCUUGCUUCUUUGGGAUAUCAAAAUGUAUUUUGUGAUGUACUAAGGAUACUGGUCCUGAAGUCUACCAAAUAUUAUAGUGCAUUUUAGCCUAAUUCAUUAUCUGUAUGAAGUUAUAAAAGUAGCUGUAGAUGACUAGGAAUUAUGUCAUUUGUAUUAAGCCCAGAUCUAUUUCUGAGUAUGUGGUUCAUGCUGUUGUGAAAAUGUUUUACCUUUUACCUUUGUCGGUUUGUAAUGAGAGGAUUUCCUUUUACCCCUUGUAGCUCAGAGAGCACUGAUGUAUCAUCUCAAACACAAUAAACAUGCUCC